GUCAGUUAAGGGGAAGAGUGGCAUUGGCUGGGUGGUCGCUGUGCCGAAGCCAUCAUGAGGGAGAUCGUGCACCUGCAGGCCGGGCAGUGCGGCAACCAGAUCGGGGCCAAGUUCUGGGAGGUGAUCAGCGACGAGCACGGCAUCGACCCGACGGGCACCUACCACGGAGACAGCGACCUGCAGCUGGAGCGCAUCAACGUGUACUACAAUGAGGCCACAGGCGGCAAGUACGUGCCCCGCGCCGUGCUGGUGGACCUGGAGCCCGGCACCAUGGACUCGGUGCGCUCGGGGCCCUUCGGCCAAAUAUUCAGGCCGGACAACUUCGUAUUUGGUCAGAGCGGAGCAGGAAACAACUGGGCAAAGGGCCACUAUACUGAAGGUGCUGAAUUAGUUGAUUCCGUAUUAGAUGUUGUGAGAAAGGAGGCAGAAAGCUGUGAUUGCCUGCAGGGCUUUCAGCUCACUCACUCGCUGGGGGGUGGCACCGGCUCUGGCAUGGGCACUCUGCUCAUCAGCAAAAUUCGCGAAGAGUACCCAGACCGGAUUAUGAACACCUUCAGCGUUGUGCCCUCCCCCAAAGUCUCAGACACUGUAGUAGAGCCCUACAACGCCACGCUGUCGGUGCACCAGCUCGUGGAGAACACGGAUGAAACCUACUGUAUUGAUAACGAAGCUCUGUAUGACAUAUGCUUCAGAACACUGAAGUUAACUACGCCAACAUACGGUGAUCUGAACCAUUUAGUGUCAGCCACCAUGAGCGGUGUCACCACCUGCCUGCGUUUCCCAGGCCAGCUUAAUGCCGACCUGCGGAAGCUGGCGGUGAAUAUGGUUCCCUUCCCCCGCCUGCACUUUUUCAUGCCUGGCUUUGCCCCCCUGACGAGCCGUGGCAGCCAGCAGUACCGCGCUCUGACCGUCCCGGAGCUCACGCAGCAGAUGUUUGAUGCCAAAAACAUGAUGGCUGCGUGCGACCCGCGGCACGGCCGCUACCUGACCGUAGCUGCUGUUUUCAGAGGCCGUAUGUCCAUGAAAGAGGUAGACGAGCAAAUGCUGAACGUGCAGAACAAAAACAGCAGUUACUUUGUGGAAUGGAUCCCCAAUAACGUUAAAACAGCGGUCUGUGACAUUCCACCUCGUGGCCUGAAAAUGUCUGCCACGUUCAUUGGUAACAGCACAGCCAUCCAGGAGCUGUUCAAACGCAUUUCAGAGCAGUUCACGGCUAUGUUCCGCCGCAAGGCUUUCCUGCACUGGUACACAGGCGAGGGCAUGGACGAGAUGGAAUUCACAGAGGCUGAGAGCAACAUGAACGACCUGGUGUCUGAGUAUCAGCAGUACCAGGACGCUACUGCUGAGGAGGAGGGGGAGUUUGAGGAAGAGGCUGAGGAGGAGGCAGAGUAAGAGCUAUGCAGAUGACACCUGUAAAUUUUGUUUAAAGCUGUAUGAACUUUCAUUCAAAACUUCUCUCUGCGUUGUGUUCCUUCUCCUUGUCUUCAAGUCACUUCCAAUGCUGUACAGGCACCAUUAAAGCAUUUUUCACAGUGCA